AGGGCUCCCUCAUUCCCUCAAUACCCUACACCAUUCUCAGAUCCUAAGCCCAGCCGUGUCACCCCCACCCUCUACCCUGCUCCUCCCUCUGAGUGCUCCUGGGUGGCUCAUUCUCCAAACUUUUUUGUCCCAUUUUAUAAAAGGGGAAAUUGAGGUGCCCAGUACAAUUGGGAAGAGGAGAGGGGCAAAGCCAGGUCUGUUGACUUCUACCCCACCCCCACAGGCUCCAAGUAAUUACUAGAACUGGGCUGCUCUCCCACCACAGGAGCUCACUGAGGAUCGCCUCCACCAUCCACCACUACCCUCAGCUCACGGAGGAAGGGAGAAACGCCAGUUUUCCUCUCCCCUGCCCCACCCCGCUCCAGCAGGGGAGGGGGGAAAGCAAGAGACUUGAGGCACCCCUCCCUGCUCUGGCUUCUGCUUUCUGGUCCAGCUAUGGCCAAGCCUGAGUCAGCCUUGUCAGUCGGCUCUGGGGAGGCGAUCCUGCCACAGUACCUUUGCCCGCCACGGUCAUGGCCUGUUCACUGCGGUUCACGCUGUUCCUGCCGCUGCUGCUGCUGGAUAUUCCCCAGGUGGCUUGGGCGUCCCGGAUGGAAACACUCCCAAAGGGGGUGGCCGCCUGCAAGGAUGAAGACUUGUGUCUGUUGCGCCCCCGCUGGAAGCCUGACCCAGAGCCUGUCAGCGUGAGUCUUUACUAUGAAGCUCUGUGCCCCGGCUGCCAGUACUUCCUUGUCCGAGAGCUCUUCCCUACAUGGCUGAUGGUCAUGGAGAUCCUCAAUGUCACACUGGUGCCUUACGGGAACGCCCAGGAAAGGAAUGUCAGUGGCAAGUGGGAGUUCACGUGUCAGCAUGGUGAUCUAGAGUGUAAACUGAACAAGGUGGAGGCCUGCCUGUUGGACCAGCUGGACAAGACAGUGGCCUUCAUGACCAUUGUUUGCAUGGAAGAAAUGGAGGACAUUGAGCAAAAUUUGAAGCCGUGCUUGCAAGUCUAUGCCCCAAAGGUGUCCCCAGACACCAUCAUGAAGUGUGCAAUGGGGGACCGUGGCAUGCAGCUCUUGCACAUCAACGCCCAACUUACUGACGCUCUGCAGCCACCCCACAAAUAUGUGCCCUGGGUCGUCGUCAAUGGGAAACCCCUGACUGAUCAGAGCCAUCUCCUCAGCGUGGUCUGCCAGUUGUAUCAGGGUGAGAAGCCAGAUGUCUGUCAAGUCACAGCCUCCUUCCCCAGGAAAGUAUGCCUCAAGUGACAGCCAGGAGUGAGCCAAGGCAGCAAGAGUAAGAGCCCAUCUGACCCCAUUUUUGGUAUCCCCCCAACUCUUCACCAGCUACUGCUCAUCACUGGAUAACUUCUGUACAUUCUGUGAAGCCCCAACUCAAAAUUCUGCCCCAAGAUCAAGAAUCUUGCCUCUUGAAAAUGGUGCUAUAUUGAAACAACUUUAAUAAACCUUUGGAUAUUGUGAUUUCAUUACAACAUUACAACCCCCUUAUUCUGUCU